AGCCAAAAAAUGGAAUAUGCCCAACUAAGACCACGCUUUGCUCUGGAUCUAACCCAGCUAGAGAGCCUAAAAGAAGCCACUCAAGGUAAGAGGUUCUACAACCACAGACAGGUUCUGGUGUACCUCCUUAGGUAUAUGUAUACUCAUGCAGAGGCCAUGAAAGGAUAUGAAGAAGUUAUCUACAAAGAGUCUGACCAAAUGUUCAGCUUAAAGUAUGUAAAAUCAGGAGGAAAUGACAAGACUGCUAUCCAUGUCAGAGGACUGAGUAUUCUUAACCACCUUGUACUGACAGUGAAGAGUAGGGGCAACUCUUAUGAAAUACCUCUGAAUCUUGAUAAGACUAUCACUAUUGGCAGGAGCUCUUAUACUGUCAAUAAUGAGAUUGAUAAGACCUUUACAGCCCUUUUUACAGACUUUGAUAAGAUGAAUGUGAUGCUUAAGAAUCGUUGUUUGGAUAAGUUGAUCAGAAGAACAAAAGUUGAGCGUAUUUUUGACAUGAGAAAAGAACUGCUUGUUGAAAUAUUCAAGUAUUUAGACUUUGAUUCACUCAAAGUGAUACUAAAUUCAUGCUCAUUCUUUCGUGAGGAGUUCUGGGAUAAGAAUGAAUGGUUCUGGUUCAAUCUUUAUUGUAUUUCCUUCGGAAAGCCACCAUUUAAAUCCUCUAUCUGGAACUGGGCCCAAAUUUACAGAAACAGCAUCACAACUAGGCUAGUACUUGAUCCUUUCAACUAAACAGAA